ACAAAUCAUUGAUGACGUGUGCUUAGCACAAAAAAAGCUUCUUGUUUAAGUUGCAGAAUUAAACGAUAGAAAGGUUGUACUCCAAAGACCGAGGGUAUUUUCUGUGGAUUGUGUUUUUAAACAUAAAGCAAAAUGGAGACAUUGUACCAUCAGACAAAUAAACAAAUCCAGGAGGUGCAGUCUUAUAUGGGGCGUCUUGAGAACACAGAUCGUCAGUCUGUCCACUUGUUGGAGAACGAGCUGCAGGCCAGAAUCGACCAGAUCUUCAGCCAUUUAGAACGUCUGGAAAUUCUAGCCAGCAAAGAACCGCCAAACCGCCGUCCGAACGCCAAACUGCGGGUUGACCAGUUGAAGUACGACGUUCAGCACCUCCAGACGGCUUUGAGGAACUUCCAGCACCGCCGCUACACACGAGAGGCGCAGGACAGAGAGAGGGAAGAACUCAUGAGUCGCACCUUCACCACUAAUGAUGCAGACACCUCCAUUCCCAUAGACGAGACGCUGCAGUUCAACACCAACCUGAACAACGCCCACAAGGGCAUGGACGACCUGCUGGGCAGCGGAAGCAGCAUCCUCACUGGACUUAGGGACCAGAGGGGUACCUUAAAGGGGACCCAUAAGAAGAUGCUGGAUGUGGCCAACAUGCUGGGUCUGUCCAACACGGUGAUGAGGCUGAUCGAGAAAAGGGCCACCCAGGAUAAGUUCAUCAUGAUCGGAGGGAUGCUGAUCACCUGUGUGGUCCUGUUCCUGGUGGUCAAGUACCUGGGCUGACCGGGACUGUCUCUUGUCUGCAACCGCAGCUUUCCCUUGGUCAGUUUUACAUUGGUCUUGGAAUUUUUUUGCACAUUGAGCCCGUACGAAACGUGAUCUGUGAUAAAUUAAGCGCGUCUUUUAAUUGGAGUGUUCCUUAAACAUGUUGGGUUUCCGAUCAUCAGAGGGCAACAAACUUUUUAUCAGUCUAAUCAAUGUCAGAACCACUCAGUUGUUUGCACCAGAAAUGGCUGAUACACAAGACUUGUUAUACUUUAAUAUUGCAUUGAACUGCGCAGUGUGGAAUAGAACCUUGUGCCAUGGAGUUCCAGGUCACUGAACACUCCCUGUCAACUCGGCUGUCAUCCACCCUUCAAACCUCCUGAGUGGAGCUGUGGGUGGUUGAAGAGAGACAAUGACUUUUCUAAGGCCGGUUACCUCUUCUUUUGUAAACCAUUUGUCCUUCAAGUUCCCCCUGCUUUGCCUUGAUCUACCAUAUGAUGGUCUCUGUGAAAGCUAUUCAGUGCUGUUUCACCUUGAACAGCUCAAAGAAGAGUCAUCGUUUCAUGGUUGAUGCCACUGGACAAGGAUGAAAAAUAAAGAUGAUUCUCAA